AUGUUCAGAGACAGAACAAAUUUAUAUCUUUCGUAUAGGCGGACAGUUCCCCGUCGACAAGCUAAUCAAGAAGCAAAAUUUGUGGCGUUGGCUGAAGAAGAGGAAGGGCUCAUGGGAUCAAGACGAGUAUCCUCUAACAACCAAAGAAGGAAGGGCCAGUAUAAGGAUGCUGGAGAAGAGGCAAUCGAAAUGAAACCAAUCGCUCCUUCGAUCUUUGAUAUAUCAAAUGGGUUGGAUGAGAACUUGAGCAAAAUUAAGUCGCAAACUAAUGAAUUGAGCUCUUUGUACAAGAAGCUUCUAAUAACGAGAGACAACGAGAAGCAAAGGUUAGAAACACGCAUUGAAGAUUUGAAUUUCGAAACAACAAAAUUAUUUGAAAACUGCUACGUGCUCAUAAAGAAAUUCGAGUUUCUACAGAAGAACUUCAAGAGGCUCAAGCUAGAGUACACUCAGGAUGAGAUUUCGAUUAUUGAGAAUUAUAAAAAGACAUACGCCCUAAAAAUCCAGGACAGCUCUCUCAUCUACAGAAAUUUGCAGAAUAACUACAUCAAAUUCCUCAAGGACGAUGAUGAUGCAGAAACUGAUCGACUACUAUCGUCUAGCAAUACGUCGACUGUUGCUCUAGAUGAAGAAGAUUCCAAGAAUAUUGAAGACUACUCAAAGAUGGUACUCCAACAAGCUCAGACACAAAUUCAGAAUAAUCCCAACUCACAAAUACUAGCACAAAGGGAGCGCGAAAUUUCUAGAUUGGCUAUGGGAAUUCUCGAAAUCUCCACCAUUUUUAAGGAAAUGGAGACUCUCAUCGUGGACCAAGGAAGCAUGCUAGAUCGCAUUGAUUACAAUUUGACCCGAACGGUAGAGGAUCUAAAAUCUUCAGACAAAGAGUUGCUAAAGGCUCAAUCUUACCAAAAGAGAACUACAAAGUGUAAGAUAAUUUUUCUUUUGAGUUUGGUUGUUUUGGCCUUGUUUCUCUUUGUGUUAUUUAGAUCACCUACCAAAACCAAGAUAAUCGAAAAACCUAGCGAUUCGAGGCCAGUACCCGAAAAUCAGCCUGCUGAAGGUGAUCAGAAAUGA